AUGAUACGUGAAACACAGCCCUUACCAGUAAGUGGGAAACUGCAUUCCUUGACAAUCUUCGAGCGACCCUUCUUAUCAACAUGCUCGGUGACGACAACGACCCUGGUCUUGGCAGGGUUAGCAACCAAAUCCAUGGCACCACCCAUUCCUUUAACCAUACCUGGAAGAGCCCAGUUAGCAAGGUCACCAAAUUCUGACACUUGCAUAGCUCCAAGGAUGGUAAGGUCGACACGGCCAGAUCUGAUCAUUGCAAACGACUCUUCUGAACCGAACAAUGAAGCACCAUCAAUUAGAGUAACAGUUUCUUUACCAGCGUUAAUCAAAUCAGGAUCUUCUUCGCCCUUCAAUGGAUAG